AUGACUGUGCCCACCCCAUUUUGCACUUUCCCCUCAACCUGCUUGAGUGCAUUGGAAAAGAUUGACAAGACAAUAUGCUCAAACGCCUACAGGGUGGCAACGGGUUGCAAUACCAUCUCAAUGCUUGAUUUCAAAAACGUUUGUGCCCUUGCCUCCGUUCAAGUGCAUGGUAGGUGGUCGGCUGUCCCAUCGGUGAACAAUCAUCUGCGGAAACGGUUGUCCCUGUUCAUCUUGCUUCAUGUGUGCGAACAUCUAUUUCAUUUUGUCAUUGUCAACCUUCGAGUUCUGGGCUCCUCAGUGUUUGUUUGGGCUUGGUUUCUGGGAAGUGAGCGGCUCUGUAUCCCAUACCCACUGAGCUGGUGGUUCCUUGGGCGAAUCAGGAUGGUCACCAUGAACCAGGUACAGGCAGGGAAUCUGGAUCUGUUGGUCCAAAGUCGGAGCAUCAGCCUCCUUCGGCGCCACCAGAGCCUCAGGUUGUGCGUGCCACCGAAUCAAAAGAUUUAA